UUUGAUUGGGGCGGGGCAUUUAUUUAGGGCCUCGCCCAUUGCCCCACUGCAGAGCCGGCCCCGACUACAAAAGAUCAAUAUGGAGUUUAGAGGCCCAAUACGGUUGAGGCCGCUACUGCUACACCCCCCGCCCCAAAAAAAUAUUUCCUGGUUUAACUGAAGUUAGCUGUACAGGUUUGAAAAAUAUUUGUCUUUAUUUAUGUCAAAUCUCAAGACGCCUCACUCUUUGAAAACUCUUAUAAACCAAAACCAAAUGUAAGCUUGUGGUCAGAAAAACUGAUCCAAUGCAAAUUGAGCUUAAAAAAUAACCCUGUUUGUUAGCAUUGUUGUGUAAGGACUGAUAGCACAAGGUGGGUGGAACGGCCACCUGCACUGUCUGACACAUCCACACAAAACACACAAGGGACAAAGUGGCCUGAGGAUGACUCACAAAGAGAGAAAACGUGCUCACAUGCAAAUGACUGCUUAGUCUUCACUUUCUCGCUUUGACUUCUGGCUGCAGAGGGACUUCCCACUGGUUAAAAAAAAAAAUCUCUGGAAAAAGUCCAGUUCGGUUCGGAUUGGACAUGCACACACAUUUACACUCCGAGGCAGGCACACAAAGGCCUUAUUGUGUGUGACCCCCACAACCCCAGAUGACGAGCAGGCAGGUCAAACAGGCGCGUCAUUCCUAGGCAGCUGAAAAAAGGCAAGAGGGCCCGUAAUGAAUACCACCGUUUGACUGCAUGGGGAGAAACACGCACUUUAGCCUCGCUGGCGUUGUCUGUUUAGGGCCCAUGUCAUCAUAAAUCUCAACGGUGUGUAAAGAGAAAGAUUUAAACACACGCCGUCACGUGUUGGAUGCGCAUUGAACAACACUUGACUCCGGGGCUUUUGGAGUUAUACUGAAGCUAUAAAAAUUGCAAAUGAUAGUAUUCACUUAUGACGCUUAAAAAACACAUUAGGUACACUUGCACAAUGGAAUAAACACCCUGACAUGCAGUCAGUCACAUCCACCACUGCUUACAGAAAAUUGAUGACACAAAUGCAUUAUUUGAGAAGCAUUAUUAUUUAUUAAGCAUAGUUAAGUCAAUUGAGUAGAACAAAGUUGUGUAACUGUGGAGUUACUGUAUGUUCCCAGGACCAUAAAAUAGCAGACCGAGUACUACACUAUACCAAAUAUACUAGGGGUAGGCAAGCGUCUUAAUCCAGCCCACCUGCAUUUCCAAAGUCCUUUUUUUAAACCUUUCAUAUCGGAACUGUAGCCGGCAGCAUGACUUGCAGUGCUAUAGCAGCACACUUGGGUCACAAGGCAUGCUGGGUAGCUUGUGGUACUUUUUCUUCCAACAUUUUGCCACAUUUUUUGCUUAAUUGCAAAACAUGACGAGGAGGUCGUCAGAGGAGUAAAGAAGGAGUUAGCGUCUUCUUAUUGAGUGUUUUAUUGUCCACAGUUGCUGCUGGACUACCCAGCAUGCCUUGCGGGCAUUUGGAAAUAACAUUUUUUUUAGUUGUUGUUUAUCACCCACGUACAAUAUUUGUAGCAGUUGAUUCGUGUGAUGUGUUAACUUGCUGUGGAUGUGUUGUUUUUGUUUUAUUUCACCGUGAGGAAGUACAUUCUUUUUAAUGACCACAUGGACCCAAGAGUCAAAAAGUGUACCCGCUCGUGAUAUAUACCAAAGUGCAAUACUAUUUUUAUACUAAUUUACAAUCUGCAAGGCAUGCUGGGUAACUUCUGGUUGGGGAAGUGUGCAUGUGGGCUUCCCAGCAUACCUUUUGGGUUAUAAAUGAGUACAAACUAGUAUUGUUUACCAAGCUGCUUCCAUCCUAAUAAAUAAACAGUUUUUUAGGAGACUGUUCCUCCUGGACGACUCCUUACUUAAUACCAAGUAUCAACUACAUGUCUUGAAAUCAGCAUGCACAACAAACACCACAGCAUGCUCCCUUAUUUUUUUGUCAGUUUUAUGAUGUCAUUGUUCAAGUCCCAUUCUCCCACCGCACUCUCUCAUCAUGACACUAUCCCUCCAGGCGUCAACAAAGCCCAGACAAAGUGUUGGUGUAUUCGGGGUACAAGCACCAGGGAUCCUGCAGCUCUGAAGAUGGCGGUGGCGAUAUAGGCCGGUGGUGAUGGCGUUCUGCACCCUGCCAUCGCCUUCACAGCCUGAGCGGGACGUCUGCCAGCGGUGACAGAGUGGAAACUACCUGACAGCUGCAGCUCAAACGGCAAGAUAAGAUUACAGGUAGACCCGCUUUACCUGUUGAAAGACAUGAUGAGUGAGUGUUUGCUAAGCGUGUGCGUUGGGGCCAAGGAGUAGACACGGGGAUAACAAAUAUGGUGGCAGGUGCAUGCUUGUGAUGAAAGACACAUGCUGGAGCUCAUUGUUUAUACAGUACAUAAGCAUCACAGGGCAUGAUGGACUAUGAAGGAGAUGCACUGUCCCACCAUCAACUUAGUGUUUUUCAUAUUAGGAUAUAAUUUACUAAGUAAAUAUAAUAUAGUAAAUAUAAUAUAAGUAAUAUGGAAAGUAUUCAUAUUGCAUGUACAUAAGUCGAUUUGAGCUCAGGUGCAUCCUGUUUCCACUUAUCAUCCUUGAGGUCUUUCUUCAACUUCAUUGGAGUCCACCUGUUGUAGGUUUAGCUGAUUGGGCAUGAUUGGGAAAGGCCACACACCUGUCUACAUCAGGUCCCACAGUUGAUGACCCAUGAGGGGGAAGGAUUACAAAAAAUGUCUGCUGCUUUCAAGGUCCAAGCUUUUGGCAUCGUCGUCAAAAAGAUCCAAGGCUGGAAUUGCUGCUGAAGUGGGGUGCAAGGAUGGUGCAACACAUGAGCCACACAGAAAGCGGCCACGCUCUUUCCCCAGCCGGGGACUCCACGGACACUGGAGAGAUGGACCUGGAGAUGGAUGUCUCCCCCACCCCGGCGUCUCCCUCCUCCGGGGAGCGGAACGACUUGGCUUGGUGCAAAACCCCAACAGGCCACAUUAAGAGACCCAUGAACGCGUUCAUGGUGUGGUCUCAGAUCGAGAGGAGGAAGAUCAUGGAGCAGUCUCCAGACAUGCACAACGCGGAGAUCUCCAAGCGGCUGGGCAAACGCUGGAAGCUGCUGAAAGACGCAGAUAAGAUCCCCUUCAUCCGGGAGGCGGAGCGGCUCCGGCUCAAGCACAUGGCCGACUACCCAGACUACAAGUACCGGCCCAGGAAGAAGGUUAAGUCCGGGAGUGGGGCGAGUAAGGAGAAGAGCUCGGAGAGAAGCAGCAAAGCCAAAAGAAGCCCCCCGUCUAAAGCAACCAGCCGGACGCAAAAGCAGAGCAGCAAGUCCACCCCCCUGAGUCAGGACCACUCGUCCCCCGGUGACCACCAGACCCUCUUCAAAUCCAGGUCUGGAGCCAGGCAGAUCCCCGAGAAGCGCGCGGAGGCGAGGCGCAGCUUCGCGUUGACCGGUGCAGGGAGCUUAGAGAGCGGUCCCCCCUCCGUGGGAGUCCCGGCGAGUCCCACCCUGAGCAGCUCGGCCGAGUCCAGCGACCCACUGAGCCUGUACGAGGAGCAGAGCCCCGGGGGCAGCGAGUCGUCACACACCGCCCGCCUCAGGUACUCCCGCGCGUCCUCACCCACACCAUCGGCCUCGCACUCCUCGUCGUCAGUCUCCUCCUCUUCGGACGAAGAGUUUGAAGACGAGCGACUCGAUUUGAACCCGAGCCCCGGCUUUGAGAGCAUGUCUCUGGGCGGAAUGGGGUUCUCAGACGCGGAGCUGGACCGGGACUUAGACUGGAGCUUCGGGGAGUGUGGCGCCGGCUCCCACUUUGACUUCCCCGACUACUGCACCCGGGAGGUGAGCGAGAUGAUCUCAGGAGACUGGCUGGAGUCCACCAUCUCCAACUUGGUGUUCACCUACUGAGAGGAGCCGAGGGGCAGGUGGAGACAAACCGUGACGAAGAGGAGACGGUGCGCUUGGUGCGUCAGACGUGGGGGUGAAAUGCUUAGUCUGCAUUUGGACACAGAGGAGGAGUGAAUGUACGCAGAGAGAAACUGACUUCUCACAAGAGAACUGCUAAGAAACUGAACAUUAGGGAGGGAAAAGGGACACUUGGUACCAUGAAGUUGUUAUUCAGGUGUAUUUGUUCCCCCCCUCCCCUCCCGCAAGUACUUCAACGCGCAUGCUCUCCUGGAUGAGGAGGAUUUAGCUGUUGUUUCAUGUUCAUUGCUGCGUAAUUACGCAAUGUGUGAGACCUUUUCUUUUUUCGGGGUUUGGACACAAUUCACGAUCACCAGCUUCUCUUUCAACGGCAGGACUUCAAAAUAAAACUCAGUGCACAAUUCAGGACCAACGCCUCCCCUUCCCAUCCCAAUCUGCAUCCUUUCUGCCUAGAGUGCUUCAAGUUUGUAGUUCCUCUGCGUCAAGAUGACUUUUUUUAUAUUGAUGUAUUUAUACCGGCCAAAAUUUUUUGAUACAUAGAAGUAUUGUUCUCGUGCAGGUCUUUUGUGUUUGUGUGCACACACACCUGUCUGUAUCCAGCGCGGAAGGGCUAGAAGUGUAUCUUAUUUAAAGUGUCUGACCUCUCUCACUUUUUGAGUGCGUCAUGAUUUUUUUACUUGUAUUUUUGUACAAAAUCUAUAGAAAGUUGAAGAGGGGAGCGAGGGAGGGGUAGCCUCCAACAUUGUGCAGAGAGAAAAGAGGGGUGGGCGGGGGGGUGGGCUCGGUUUGGCACAAUCUGACCUCACACAGUGUUUACAGUAUUUUUUACCCACAUGCUUCUUAAUGGCACAGUGACUCCAGUUUCACCAGCCAAGUACAUAAACGCACCACCGAGGCUCCCAAGACCGAGUGGUGCCUCCAGUCAAAAAAAAAAAAAAAAAAGACCCCAGAGUGUCACUGUUAGAGCUAAUACCUCUCUGUGCUUUUCUUCGUUAAGUUUUAUUUGAACCACUGGAUGGAAUCUCACACUCAUUCCACUUUGCCUACAGGAGGGAAGGAGGUGUAUGAAGUGCUUCAUCUGUUCCAAAAUAGUAUUUAACCUUUCUGUACCUGUUGGCUAAGUAUAGCAAACGGCUAAUUGUUUUUUUGUUUUUUUUUUUAUUUCUAUAUUAUGGCAUGGCAAAAUAGCAUUUGUAUUUCAGAUUCAGGUAUAUGUAGCUAUAGCUGUUGUGUUUAAGAUUUUUAAAAGAAUAAUAACAUGAAGAUAUUUAUGUAAACUGACUGUACUAUAAGCAAAGAUUGUGUGUUUUAUGUAUGAUGAUCAACGACAGGCACUAGGACGGCCAUCUUUGGACACCUUGAAGAAGAUGAUUGUGGUCCAGGAGUUUUCUCUUUUCCAAGACAUCUUUUUUUUUCAUUUGUGCAAUAUGCUGUGUAUGACCAUGUUUUGUCCAAUCAUGCCAAUAUCGUUUUGAUGUUAAAACUAAAAAGGAAAAAAAAAAGAAAAAAAAACAGCCAAUGUUUUGGGUCAAUCACUGCCUCUCAGACCUCUGUACAGAUUGUUGUUUUUAUUUGUAUUUCUUUUCCUUCGAGAAGGAAAUAAAAUCAGCUGGAACUGAAAAGUACAUUCCACGACUGCCUUUUAUUUCAGCGUGCGUUGUUUGUAGUGCUGACUGUGAAUCAAUAGGCGAGCCGGUGAAUCGAUAGGAGUGGUCUCAUUCACCCUCUCCCGUCUCGUACUACACGUGCAGAAAACGUGGCUGCCAUGGUAACACUGUAUCCAAGAAAGAGGAUCCAAUCCUCCUGGGAGGAGCGUGCCGUUC